AACAAUGUUAAAAUCAUAUAAAACAUUAUUGUCAAUAAAUUUGAUUGAAGAACAAAUUGAUAAUGAUGUUGAUGUUGAUUUGAUUGAUGAUAUGAUUGAUAUCAAUAAUAAUAAUCGAUAUUUAUGGCGUUGGACAUAUCCAUCGAUUGAUAAUGAUGUACGAUUUUUUAUUGAAAAACGUUUAUCAUCACAAUCAUCAUCAUCAUCAUCGCUGUCAACAAUAUUUACAUAUGAUUAUGGAAAAUUUAGUUUCUUCAAAAUACGUGAAAAAUUCAUCUAUAUUCUACAGAAUUAUCAACAACAUUCAAAACGUUUUAGUUUAGUAUUGUUAACCAAGGAUUUUUAUCCAAAAUAUUAUCAAAAAUUAUUGAAAAUAUUUGCCGAAAUAUUUAUUCAAUCAAAUGAUUCGAUUGCUAAAUUAUUAGAUAAAUAUUUAACAUUAUUGAUUACGGAUCGUAUUGAAAUGAUGUUAACAGAUCCGGAACGACAAAUUGAUUUUCAUUUUCAACAACAUAAUGAUGAAUUUAAUGAAAAACAAAAAUUACAAUCAAAAUUACGAUCAAUAAUAAAAAUGUUUUCAUUGGAUAUAAUUCUUAUCUAUACAGCAUUAUUAUUGAAAAAAAGAAUUAUAAUCUAUGGUAAUGAUUCACAAUUAUUAUUUGAAUUUGCAAUAACAUUACCAUUAUUCAUAAAACAUCGUCAAAAUAUUCUUAAUGAAGAAUUUAUACCAAAUGUUGAUCUACAAUGUCCGAUACAGAUUAAUGAUUUACGUUAUCGUCAAAAUUUUAUUUCAACAUUUAAUGAUCCACGUAUUGAAGAACAUGAAGAUUUAUAUGAUGUUUACAUUAAUCUUGCUACAAUCGAAAUAACUAUUUCACAUCGAGCAAAAGAAAUAUUUAUGAUGACCAAAAUGCAUAAAGAUGUUGCUAUUACAUUUGUUCGUAUAGCUGAAAAACAAGGUUCAACCGAUCAAGAUGUUGUUGAUGAAAUUUCGAAAAAAACUAACGAAUUAUUGAAUACUCUUUACUCGUCGUCUGCAAUGGAUGAUGAUUAUGAUAAUGAUGAUAAUCAAAAGAAAAUUGUUAUAAAAAAAUCUAGAUUAAAAGAAAAAUUUUCAUCACCAAAUUUGCAGCAAUUUUUUUUCAAUCUUGCAUUAGCUGAAUCAAUAUCGAUUAUUUAA